AUAUUAUAAAGUGAGCAUGUUCCAAAUAAUGUCAAAGUACAAUAGAUAGAAAUAAAUCGUAUAUUAUACCGGAAUAAUUGCCGGUUUGUAAGAAUUUUUAAUGUCAUUAUCAAGUAAUGUCACAUUAUUAUUUUAUUUUACAUAAAUUUACACUAUAAUUAAUAAAAUCUGAAAUGAUUAAAUAAUCAAAAUGUUUCUUUUUGAUAUGUGGUUAUAUUUUGGCCUUUUAUUUUGGGUAAAUGGACUACGCGAAUACGAAAAGAAAGAUUUAAUUACUCUAAGAGAAGAAGUACGAUCUAUGUUUGAUCAUGCUUAUUCAAGUUAUUUGACAUAUGCUUAUCCUUACGAUGAAUUGCGAUCAUUAAGUUGCGAUGGAUUCGAUACAUGGGGUAGUUUUUCAUUAACACUUAUCGAUGCUUUGGAUACUCUUGCCGUAAUGGGCAAUUUUUCUGAAUUUCGACGUGUAGCAGAAAUUAUAAGUGCAAGAGCAAAUUUUGAAGCUAAUAUUAAUGUAUCUGUAUUUGAAACUAAUAUAAGAGUAGUUGGAGGAUUACUUAGUGCUCAUCUCUUGUCACAUAAAGCAGGCAUUCACUUGGAACCAGGAUGGCCUUGUAAUGGUCCAUUAUUACGUCUUGCUGAAGACAUGGCAAAACGUUUAAUUGCAGCUUUUGACACUCCAACAGGUAUGCCAUAUGGUACUGUUAAUUUGAAAUAUGGAGUACCUGAAGGUGAAACAAGUAUUACUUGUACUGCUGGAAUAGGUACAUUUUUAUUAGAAUUUGGAACAUUGUCCAGAUUAACAGGAGAUCCACUAUAUGAAGAAGUAGCUAUGAAUGCUAUUAAAGCAUUACAUUAUUAUAAAUCAAAUAUUGGAUUAGUAGGUAACCAUGUAGAUGUAUUAACAGGUCAUUGGACAGCUCAAGAUUCUGGAAUUGGUGCAGGAGUUGAUUCUUACUUUGAAUAUUUAGCAAAAGGUACAUUAUUAUUUCAAGAACCACUAUUAGGAACAAUAUUUCAUGAGCACAAAGCGGCUAUUGAAAAAUAUAUUCGCAGAGAAGAUUGGCAUUUAUGGGUUUCUAUGACAAAAGGUCAAGUAACUUUACCAGUAUUUCAAUCUUUGGAUGCAUAUUGGCCUGGAGUAUUAAGUUUAUUUGGUGAAAUUGGAGAUGCUAUGAAAUCAUUACAUAAUUAUCAUCGUGUUUGGAAACAAUUUGGAUUCACACCAGAAUUUUAUAAUAUACCACAAGCUGAAGCAGGUACUAAUAGAGAAGGAUAUCCAUUAAGACCAGAACUCAUAGAAUCAGUUAUGUAUUUAUAUAGAGCAACUGGAGAUCCUUAUUUAAUACAAGUAGGAGUAGAUAUAUUAAGAAGUUUGCAACAUAGUGCUAAAACUACAUGUGGCUAUGCAACUAUUAAUGAUGUUAGAGAUCAUCGAAAAGCUGAUAGAAUGGAAUCUUUUUUUUUGGCAGAGACAACAAAAUAUCUUUAUCUUCUUUUUGAUCCUGAUAAUUUUAUUCAUAAUUCUGGUCAAAAAGGAGAAAUUAUUGAAACACAAUGGGGUCAAUGUAUUAUUGAUGCAGGAGGAUAUAUUUUUAAUACUGAAGCACAUCCUAUUGAUCCUGGAGCACUAUAUUGUUGUCAUAGAAGCCAGAAUUUAUUUUCAGAUCAGAAAGCAACAUUAUGGAAAUUUAUUCCUGUAAAUGAUCAAAAAGAAAAAGAUAAUACAGAACAUAAUAUAUUCCAUUUAAAAAAUAUUAAAAAUGAAAAUAAUGAAGAAUCAAUUGAAAUUGUAAAACUAUCUGAAAUGAGGCAUACUUUUACAAAUGAUAUAGAAAAUAACAUUGAUGAAAAAUCAAUCAAUCCUUUAUCAGCUAUAAAUGGUAAAGUAGAUGAAACUAUAAGAAUAGAAGAAGAUAAAAUAAACAUAAAUAAUCCAGAAGAAGAGUCUUUAAAAGUACAAGUUGCUGCACCUCCCUCAGGAAUUUAUAAAGUUGAUGAUAGUGAAAAUAUUGAUACUUAUGAAACUUAUAGUACUUCUGAUGAACAUUAUUCUACCCCUGCUAUGAUAAACAAUAAUGAAUCAUUUAUUAAACAAAAUAAUAUAAAAUUAAGAUUUGAACCUCAAUUAUUACUUGAAAAUAUUAGAAAAAAAAAUUUAUAUCCAACAAAUAAUACUGCAAAAUUAAAUUAUCAUCUUUUGUCUUGUCAAUCUCAGUCAUUCCUACAGCGAAUAUCGAUUAUAGGAGAAUUUUUUUAA